AUGUCACCUCGCGUCUCAUUGGUUUCCAGACCCUGUUCGAUUUGUAACAACUUGACCGACGAAUUUAAUUAUGGAGUUAUCAGCUGCAAUCCGUGCAAAAUGGUAUUUCGUAGAGUAAUGAAGUUUGAAACUAAGUUCGAUCAUUGUCUCUGUGGAAACAAAAAAUCCACAAGCUGUCGUUGCUGCAGAUUCAGUGCUUGCAUUGCUGGUGGAAUGAAAAUCAGCUGCAUCCAAAAAUACAAACAUGCGACUCUUAUACAAAACCUAAUCAAAAUGGACCACAAACGAAACAAUACGUUCUUCAAUUAUCAGAUGUGUGAAGAUCUGAGCCUGGAUCAACUGAUGAUCUCUGGAGUUCCCAAAAUCAAGGAUCAAGGUGUCCGAUUCACUUCCCAUGAUUGGGUUUCGAUGGAGAUUUAUUCUACUAUUGAAUUCAUGAAAAACCUUGACCUGGUUCAUAUUCUAACCUCCAAUGAUUUGAUGAUCUUUGUGAAGAAUGCCCAUUUCAAGUGUGCCAUCUUCUUCAUUGCUGUUCGAUCCUAUAUGGCGAAAAUGGAAUUUAUGACAUUCCCAGAUAAUGUCGAUGUUUUUCCAGAGGAAAUAUCAAAUGUUCCUGAUUACUCUCCAAAACUUCUCAAUAGAAUUCGUACUCUUCUCAUCUCGAAAUUUCGUGAAUUCGAUGUCUCAAUAGAGGAACUUCUUUUGGUUGUUACAAUAAUCAUCUGUGAUCCAAGUGUUGCUGGUCUUUCGGAAUUCUCGAUGAAUGUAAUAAGUCAGUACCAAAGAAUCUACAGUUCUGCUCUUCAAGCCAUCUGUCAAAAUAAGUGUAAAGCAUCAUGGCCAACCAGAUUCACAAAUCUUCUAUUCUUGUCGAAUAUUCUCACAAAAACCAUCAAGGAUCUUGAUGAUGUCGUUGUUCUGUUCAAAUAUCAUCAACCAGCCCUCCCAUUGAGAAAACUUGUCAAAGAUUCAUUUUAA